AUGGAAAGCCGACCGUACUCCGCCGAGGCCUCGGGCGAGCAGAUGCGGAAGAAACGAAUGCGCAUCACGUUCAGUUGCACGAAUUGUCGCCAUAGCAAACAGAAGGUAUCGUCGCCCUUGUCACUCAUCGUCUGCAUUGGCUCUGACGCGAACAAGUGCAACAGGGAAUCGCCAUGUAUGACCUGCGUGCUCCGCGGAAAGCAGGAUAGUUGCACCUACGGCGAUGCGAUCUCCGGGGUCAAGCGCUCACAUCUCUCUGCGAAAGGCCCCAAUACCAGCGGCUUCUCCAAGCAACCCGAGGUCGAAGCGCAUGAAUACAGCCCUACGAAUGGAGGAGAGUCACGGAGCCCAGAUCUCGCGGCGUACGGGUAUUCCAGUGUCAAUGUGCACAAUUCGCUUGGCAUCCUGCAGAAACUAGAGAACCUUGAAGUCGGUGGGACGCGCAGACCACCACCACGCAAGCAGAGGAAGAUCACGCUCUGUCGACCGGCCCUUGACAUCUACAGGGCCGUCCUCAAACAGUUGCCCUGUCCGUCUUGCGUCAGGCACCUAGUCGCCGUCUUCUUCAACGAGGUGAAUUGGCAGUACACUAUUCUGGACAGGAACUACUUCAUCCCCAAACUGGAGCAAUACUAUCAGCAUUACCCCCUGCAGCCUCCGAGUCCUCCGGCCGACACGACCGUCUCGUCCGAGAAACUCAUAUUUUCAGCUCUCAUUUUCCAGGUCCUAGCGUACGCAUUACAGUUCAUUCCAGCCAGAUAUUCUGAAAACUUGCAUCCUCCGUGUCUGAAGGACAUUGACGAGGACGGCGAUGGUGUAUCGGAAGAUGCGACGAUGCGUCUAUUGAGCCUGUUGCCCAAGGACGUCAUCAACUUGGAUUACAUCGCAGCGCAGAUCUUGCGCACAGCUUGGCUCAAGAACCGCGGCUUGAUAGCCGAGGCAUGGCUCGUCGUUGCCCAAGCCGCAAUCAAUGCACAGGAGAUAGGCCUCCAUCGCGAUGACGGCAAACUGUACGCCAGUGACGCCGAGAGUGCCAUUGAAGAACUGUGGGAGGUAGUAUUGCGCCGGCGACUAAUGUUGAAUCUUUAUCUUUGGGACAGCCAAAUGGGCAUGGUGCUGGGCAAGCCCCUGAAUUUCAAACCCAACGACUACACGAUCAUCGUGCCUACGGACUGUGAGAUCCCAAGAAACCGCACAUCGAUGGCUCCGUUUCAAAGGACUGAAUAUGACAAGCCGAAUACAUUCACGGUGCGAUUGCUCGAGUACCACAUCCACAAAUAUCUCCCGCAAGUCAGAGAGCUGGAAGCGCAAGGCCCCUAUCCACGCGAUUACGGCAAGGUGGAGCGCUUACAUCAGAUAGCCCUCGACUACAUCGCCUCCAUUCCCCCGAUCUACCGUUUCGAGAAUCCGGACAGAUCCUACGAUGUAGAGUGUCCACAUCUGGCAUCGCAACGCGAAUUCCUAUGUGCAACUGUGUGGCUGUUUGUCCUGAUGCUUCACAGGCCUUACAUCUUCUCCAUCGCCAAAAGUCGUACCGAGAUCCUGAAGGCUGGAAUCGAAAUGUUGAAGGCCCAGCAAAGAUUUUUCCUUACCCUAGAACCACACCACUACAGGAUGUUCACGCUCGCUUACCUGACUGUCGAACCCUGUGUGUCGAUGCUGGCGGUUCUGAUUGCAUUUCCGAGUGAAAAUGCCGAUCUCGUGGCCGAAGCAUUCCGCUGUAUCAAGGAAUCCCUCUCCAGAGUGAACACGAUUAGACGCACAAAUCGAGUCGCGGGACAAGGGGCCGACGUCAUCCACAACCUCCUCUUGCGGGCAGAGAAGAAUCGUCCAUCACCAUCGCUGAGUUCCAAACCUAGCACCUCUUCCUCAGAGGGACGGUCCUCCGAAUUGCUCAUGACGCCCAGUUCCCGCGGUGCAGGGCCGUUUUACCCAAUGGCAGAGCAACCGCCCAUGUUCGCCAACAACACCACGUUCGCGGAAAUGCCUGAUUGGAACAUGCAGUUCCAGCAGGCCUCUUCGAUGGCUCCCGCGCCCGUCAGCUCGGGAUACACAUUCAACGACACCCCUUUCCGACCCGUUGCUGACCUGACGUAUAACGAUGUAGCUCUUGCAAUGUCCGAAGAAGGGUUCAGCGCGGAGAGCGGAUCCGAGCGCAUGUCUACCGAGAUGCCGCAACAGUUCCGUGGGGAGUUUGGCGAGGGUUCGUUUUGGAGUUUCGUCAACAGAGGGUCUGGGGUAUGA